AUGAUCUCCAUUUCAUCCUCACCCCCUCUCUACCUGAGCCUCCUCCUCUUCCUCUCGUACCACUCCCUUGUUCUCUGCUGUCAGAUUGGGAACCGCAGCCAGUGUGAGUCUGCUCCUUUUGUGCCAGGUCACAAUCUGGUGGGAGAGGGCUUUGAUGUGGUCACCCUGCAGCGAAAAGGAGCCUACAUGAUUGACAUUAAGGCCUACCUCACUCCAAGUGACACCUGUACUCUCUGCUCCAACCCCCUUCAAGGCGACAUGCUGCAGAAACUGCCAGUCUCUGCUGUAGACUGGCGUUCAUUCAGCCGCUGCAAUGCUGACCUCUACAGUAGUGCACACACCUCUGUUAGCUCACUGAUUGACACUUACACCUCCCAGGACAGUGAAGACUGGAAGUUUGGCCUGGAUUUAGAUAAGUUUAUUUCGGCCGGCCUGGAUGUUGGAGGAACUCGUUCAUCUGCGUAUAAGUUUGCUACAGAAAGGAGACAAGAGGAUCGCUACUCUUACAGCACACACAGGGUCACUUGUAGCCAUUACAGUUACCGUGUGUCAAGCACACCACCUCUCAGCUCUGAGUUCAGGAAGGAUUUGUGGAGACUGCCAAGUUUCUACAACUCCUCCACCAGGGAUCAGUACAGUGAAGUCAUAAAUACCUACGGCACACACUAUGUCCGCCAGGUUCAUCUUGGGGGCAGACUCAGGCGAGUCACAGCUGCACGUACCUGCUUGUCCACACUAAACGGGCUCUCCUCAAGUGGGGUGCACUCCUGCUUAUCAUUGGGUGUCUCUGUAGGCCUGGGGAAGCUAAGCUUAUCCAGUAGCCAUAAGUCUUGCACCAAUGUCCUACAGAACAGGGACACCUCCACCUCAUUCAGCUCUGGUCUCCACCAACAUUACACAGAGGUGGUGGGAGGCAGUUUUUGGUCAGGGGAGUUUUCACUCACUCGUAAUGACUCCCUGGGCUAUGUGAACUGGCUAAAAUCCCUCAAGGACCACCCAGAUGUUGUUGGGUACUCCAUCAGACCAAUAUACGAGCUGGUGCCAAAUGAGCCAAAGAAGGCAGGGAUGAAGGCGGCCAUUGAGCAGUACUUAGCAGACAGCGCUGAGAGAAACUCACACCGAGAGCCAAGUUGUGGGGGGAACACUCCCAACCUGGCACCCAACUGCUGUCCUCGACAGGCCUCAAGAGGAACACUGGUGGUGACCCUCGUCCGAGCCUGGAAUCUAAAAGGAGAUCCAGUUGGUGUCACUGAGGGAUAUGCCAAGAUGUGGUACGGUUCCAUCCACCACAGGACUAAUUGGAUCAGGUCAAACAACCCUAGGUGGAACGCUCGUUACAAUCUGGGCAAGGUGGAUACACACUUUGGUUUGAAGGUUGAGGUCUGGGAUAAGGACGUAACCUAUGACGACCGUCUAGGAUCAUGUGUUUGGUACCUGAGGCAGGGGACACACAGCUUGACCUGUGGUGCCAAGAAUGGUGGCUUCGAGGUCCACUACACACUGACCUGUGACUCUCACCUGACUGGGGACAGGUGUAACAUUUAG